AUGGCCACUAUCUCAAAGAUCUCCGAACUUACUCCUCACCGUAAUGAUUGGACAAUAAGGGUUAUGGUUCUGAAAAAGUGGAGCGAAAUGGUUGAUGGAGGUGGUGACAUCUUACGGUUUCUGUUAGUAGAUGAUUAUGGUGGUAAAAUACCUGCAAUUGUAGGUCCAGGGACAAAUCUAUAUGCACAUUUCGACGAUGUUAUGCAUGAGAACAAAUGGAAAAUCAUAACUGGCUUUAAUGUGGAGUUUUCACCACCUGGUUUCCGAUUCGCUGUUAAUGAACAAACCAUCAUCUUGACCGGCGAAACAGACCUGCACAAUGGUUAUGGUGUUUUCAGAGACCACUACAUGACUUCAAGAGAUACAAUGAUGUCAUGA